GCGCGGGGCUCGGCGCGCAGGCUGCGGCGCGCGCACAGCGGGGACCAGAGCGGCUCCGGCGCGCGGAGCCGGGCUCAGCCCCGGUCUGCGUACGCCGCGGCCCCGUAGCACAUCGAGUCGGCCUGGGAGGCCCGCGGGGUGCAAGCAGCGCCGAGUGCGCGUGGGACCCGGUCCCGCAGCCGGGUGCAGGAGUGCGCGCGCGCCACGGCAUGGAGCCGGCCCGGGAGCCCCCCGCGCGCACCCGCCCGCCGCCCCCCGCCUCGCGCCCCGCGCCAGCAGCACCUAGGCCGCGCUCGCCGGCUGAGGCCGAGGCCCGUGGCCCAGAGGGGCUGCUGCGGCGAUCGGGGUCAGGGUACGAGGGCAGCACCAGCUGGAAGGCGGCCUUGGAGGAUACCACCACACGCCUGCUGCUGGGGGCCAUUGCGGUCCUCCUGUUCGCCAUCCUGGUGGUGAUGAGCAUCUUGGCUUCCAAGGGCUGCAUCAAGUGUGAGACGCCCUGCCCAGAGGACUGGCUGCUCUACGGAAGGAAAUGCUACUACUUCUCGGAGGAGCCUAGAGACUGGAACACUGGCAGGCAAUACUGCCAAACCCACGAAGCAGCGCUGGCUGUGGUCCAAAGCCAGAAGGAACUGGAAUUCAUGUUCAAGUUCACACGGAGGGAGCCCUGGAUUGGCCUGCGCAGAGUUGGAGACGACUUCCACUGGGUCAACGGGGACCCGUUUGACCCAGACACGUUCUCCAUCUCGGGUAUGGGCGAGUGCGUCUUCGUGGAGCCCACCAGGCUGGUGUCAACAGAGUGUCUGGCGACCCGGCCCUGGGUAUGCAGCAAGAUGGCCUACACAUGAUGUGGCCCAGGCCAGAGGUGGCCCUUCUGCCCCGGCCCAAGGACGGUGUCUGUUCUACCACCUGCUUCUGACAGGAGCUGCCACCCUCUCUGAAUGGAAGCAGUAGGGAGGGUGGUCCCUGUCACUGUCCCCUCUCAAGGCUCCAGAGCUCUGAGGCCCUGGUUCCUGGUUUCUCUUGUUCCCAGGCAGGUCCUGCGGCUUAGCAGUUAUAUCUCAUGUGCUAAGUAGUGUAGACAUCUUGCCUCCCAUACACACAAGCACACACAUGUAUACACAUGUACACUCACAUAACAACACACAUGCAGGCUCUUUAUAACGGGUCACCCUUCCUUGGCUUGGCCUGGAAGCUUCCUCACUGCAGCCCUGGUGCUCCUGGGCAGAGGGGGGCUGACGUGGGUUAUCUGGCUUUUGGCUCAGUCGCCUGCCCUCCCCAGCGGCUUCUCUCAGGCACAGCUUCCUCAGCACCUUGCAGAGAACAGCCCAGGGCUGGAGGCCCCUGUCUCUGUCCUCCCUGCCUUCCCGGGGUCCUCAGGCAGGGCCCCUGCUGUGCUGUGGUGCUGUUGUAUUGGUCACUAAUGGAAUAAAAGGUUUGACUGCAUCUAUGAAUCUGCUGCU